UUGAGCGCGUAAAAUGGAAACAUUUGCACAUAUUGUAAGCACGAUUCUCUCCCUGACCAAAUGGUGACUACUGGUAACUAUGGCUACGACUCAAAUGAUGGCUGCUCGUUCAAGUUGUCAAAUCCGCGGACUCACAGUGUUCACCUGUUCUUCUUGUGCUAGAUUUUAAUGCUGCCAGUUUUUCUUCAAAUUAUGGACAUCGAGUUUGAUAAUUUGCAACUCUUUUGAAAAGCUGCAUAAAAAAUGAAGUCGAGGGCGCAAAUGUUGCUUGAAAAAGAGUAUGUAAAGUUACAAAGAGAGAACUUCUGGGGCAUAACAGCUUAUCCUAUUAAUGAGGAUAAUAUGUUUUUGUGGGAAGCCAAAAUAAAUGGUUUAAAGGAAACAAUGUGGGAAUGUGGUAUAUUCAAAAUCUACCUUGAGUUUUCAGAUUCUUACAACAUGACACCACCUAAGGUUUUCUUUGCUACGAUACCAUAUCAUCCAAAUGUUCACAGCUCAACUGGAGUACCAUGUCUGGAUUUCUUGGAUAACCCUGCUGAUUGGAUGGCAAACUACAGUAUUUCAUAUAUUUUACUUUCUAUACAGAUAUUACUUUCAAAUCCAAUUUUGCAAGAUGCCGUUAAUGAAGAAGCAGCUUAUGAAUAUUACCACAAUAGAAAAGCUUACAAUGAGACUGUAAUAAAUUGCAUCUUGGAGAGCAAAAGAAUGGACGGAAAUCUUAAACGAAGCUCGGUUAUUAAAAAUAACUCCGAGAUAGUGGAGGAAGAGAAAAACGAUGACAUACAUUUUCAUUUGAAGAAAAUAUCAUUUGAAGACUAUUUGAAAUUGUGGAAAGGCAUUGCAACUUCGAAAUUAUCCACCACACCGCAGAACGCAAUGAGAGUGUAUUUGGGGAAUAAUGAUAAACUACAGGAGGCUCAUUUUGAUUUAUCUCAACAUGAAGUGGAAAACGAAAUCCAUUUUCAGUUGACCCAGCACAGAAGGUUAAUGUAUGGAACAUUCGCGUCAAAGAAUGACAAUCUAUCCGAAAUUAAUUCAAGUCCAAGAUCAGUAUCUACAAAAAGUCACUUCUUGCGACAUUUUUAUGAAGGAAAACCAAAUUCGACUGACACCGAACACUUGAACGACUGUAAAGAUUUUGAAAUAGAGGCAACUGACUUAGUCACUUGGAGUAGAAAUCUUUCGGCUGAUUAAUCCUUUAGAUGUUUUCCAAGCUCCAAACAGAAUAUUCCCAUGUUCUGGUCGAAAAGAAAAUUUUGUAACUGCAAAAUUGGGGAUAAUACGAUGUUCGGAUGCAUCUAUCUCUUGUUUUUGUUCUUAAUCAAAUGUCCAAUUUUAUUACAUUUAUUUUACGUAUAAAAUUUACUAUGCCAAAUUAAUUUCAGUAUGUAAAUUCGACCAUUCUCGACAAAAACUUCGAUGCUGUUACUCGUAAAUUAAAAAGAAAUUAUUUUAUAACGCAAGCAAAUUGCUCGUUUGGGGCAGUUAUCUUGAAGAAAAUUUAUGGUCCAUUUUGUAAUGACGUAAUGCCAAAGCCAUCAUCAGAGAAUAUAUAUAAUAUAUUAAUCCUUAUAUAUUGUGAUGACAUAUGGUAAUGAAAGAUAGAACUGAAGUUUUGAACACCAGUCAUAUUUUAUUGUCAUAUUUUACUACUAAUGCAUGAAUAUUACUAAAAAUUUUAUUGCCAUUGCUAAACUGUGGCAAUAAGAAAACUGUAGAUAUUUAAUUCUUGGAAAAGAAAAAAAUCAUUUAGCUAGAUGUUAA